AUGUUCGACGCGAAACAGCUCAAACGAAAAGGCGAGAACGGGAAGGACGGCAAGGUUAUUCCCGAGAGCAUCUACAACUACCGGCUGUACCGCUGCGCCAUUUUCGCAUCCUGGGCCGCGGUCCUCUGUGGAUAUGACUCAGGAUUCAUCAGCGGAACUAUAGUCCUAGACUCUUUCCAGGAAGAGUUUGGGUUUGAGUCGAUGUCGCAGUCCACAGUGACGACAGUCAAGGCCAACAUCAUUUCCCUGUUCCAUGUGGGCGCCUUUUUUGGGUCCCUACUCAUAUAUCCUGUUAAUUUCUACCGAGGACGAAGAAUCGGUCUGAUUAUCGCUUCGAUCCUAAUCGUCAUGGGAUCUGCGAUCCAACUAGGUGCAAACCACACCACGGGGCUUGCCCCGCUAUACGCUGGAAGAACGAUUCUAGGUGUUGGCAUAGGAGGCAUCAGCAACAUUGCUCCAAUGUACACUGCUGAGAUCGCACCGCCAAGCAUCAGAGGCCGUCUGGUCGGACUUUAUGAGCUUUCAUGGCAGGUAGGUGGUAUUGCGGGAUACUUUAUCAACUACGGAACAAAUAAGCAUUUGGAAGGCGAUCUCAAAUGGCGGGUUCCCAUUGCCGUGCAAUUGAUUCCUGCUGGAAUAUUUAUGAUUGGAUUGGCCUUCAUCGUGGAGACUCCUAGAUGGUAUUUUCAAAAACAUAAGAUAGAAAAAGGGAUAGAAGCGCUGUCAUAUAUUCGGAAACUGCCACCGAACGAUGAUUACCUCAAGUAUGAGACUGCGAAUCUGCUUGCCGAAGCAAAAGAAGCAGAAAAAAAAGUUGGAGAUGGUCUUCUCGCCCCGAUCAAAGCAACUUUCACUAACAAAAACCUCAGAUUCAGACUGCUGCUUUCCACAAGCACGUUUAUUCUGCAAAACACUUCUGGUAUCAACGCGGUGAAUUACUAUAGUCCUACACUGUUCAGUGCUAUUGGUGCCAGCAGCACCUCGUCUGCGUUGCUGUCGACCGGUCUCUUUGGCGUGUUGAAAGGUGUGGCGACGACUUUCUGGGCUUUCUUCCUCAUUGAUCCGCUUGGCCGUCGACAGUCGAUGUUCAUCGGCUGUCCUAUCUGCAUUUUCUGCCUCUUUUUCAUCGGGUCUUAUAUCAAAAUCGCAAACCCCACCUCGCAUUCCGGAAUGGACGCCGGCGGAAAGGCCACCAUGGCAAUGUUCUACAUCUGGUGUAUUGCGUACUCGAUUUCGGUGUCUGGAAUUCCGUGGGUCUACUCGUCAGAGCUUUUUGACCAGAGUGUCAGAACUUUUGCUCAGGCCUGCGCAGCUACCUCCAACUGGUUUUGGGCAUUUAUAUUUGCUAGAUUCACAGGAAACAUGGUGAACAGCAUGCACGCUUACGGAGUGUUUUUUUUCUUUGGCUCGGGAGUCGUGGCGACGGUCAUUAUCUUCUACCUCUUCUACCCCGAAACAUCGAACGUCCCUGUCGAAGAUGUUGGACUACUCUUCACUCCAGGGGUGCCUGCAUGGCGAGCCCGUAAGUAUGCCAUGUCUGUGAUCGAGCAGCGGAAAAUUGAAGCCGUCGAGGAGUCCGACGUGGAGGUGCUCCCUACCGACAUCACCAAAUCAUCAUCUAUCAGCGCAUAAUGUAUUUAACGACUAAACAUUUUCUAGAUUCUCACGGAGAGUUUGUGCGGCAUGCCCCACAGGAGUAUCCUCCAAAGGUAUUCCGGUCCAGUAGCCAAAUUGGGCGGCGCCCUGGUAUAUCACGGCCUCCCAGCCUGGAAUCACGUUCCAGCCCUUUUUCUCAAACUCGUCAUACAGGAGUGUGCGAAUGAUGGGGUGGUAACACAUCUCUAGCACCGAGCCCUUGGUGGACUCGAUGAAAACGUCCAGUGUGGCCUUGGCCAAAUUCUCUUCAGCUGUCUGAGGCUUCAUGUUCGGCACCGCCAAAACUAUGAACUUAGGCAACUCUACGCGACGUGCCUCUUGCGGAGUCCUCAGAUGGAUGAUUUCGCCCGCAAAGCCGUUCUCCUUCAUACUCUUAGCCACAGUUUCUACCUCGUGUGCAAAUCUGUUGAUGACGUAAAUUUUAGGGCAUGCGAGAUACAUGUGGAGCGCAUAUAUUGCUGCUCUGCAAGCUCCGCCGGCGCCAUACACGAGACCGGGCUGCGCUUUCUGACACUUGUGCUUUGCUAUCUCGUUGAACAAGAACGAGUCUCUAACGCCGAUGAUGUCCGUGUUGGCCCCCACAUACACUGUUUGGCCGGUUCCGGAAUUUUUUCGUGCGAAAACCGUGUUGAUAGAUCCAACAACUCUGGCCUCCUCCGUCAACUGAUCGACAAGAGAGCUGAAUGUCACCUUGUUGGGCAUAGUCACUGCACACCCGAUCAUUUUCCCCGACGCGAGCAUUUUGCUGAAGGCAUCGGCGUCAUCUGUGUCGAGGAGUUGGUACUCCCAGUCAAGUCCCUUGGCCGCAAACAUGGUGUUCAGCAGCAGCGGAGCCUUGCUGUGUUGUGUUCCCUUACCGAAGAGGUAGACAAUGUGUUUUUCUUUAUGCAGAACAUGCCAUGGCCGCACGGGCACGAGCUGAUCCUGAGUCAUUUUCGCUCGCUCGAGUACAAAUUUCACAGAAUUUU